GGGGCCGGCAGCGGGCGGGGCCCAAUGGGCGCCGGUUCCACGGCGAGGGCGGCGGCUAGGGCGGCGGCAGACGCGGCCCGGCCCAUUCAUUGCCGCGGGCGGGCGGGCGGUGGGGCCGCGCUUCCCGAGUCAUGGAGGCGCUCAUUCCUGUCAUCAACAAGCUGCAGGACGUCUUCAACACUGUGGGCGCAGACAUCAUCCAGCUGCCUCAGAUUGUGGUGGUGGGCACACAGAGCAGUGGGAAAAGCUCUGUGCUGGAAAGCCUGGUGGGAAGGGACCUGCUCCCCAGGGGCACUGGCAUCGUUACCCGGAGACCCCUCAUCCUGCAGCUUGUCCACGUUUCGCCUGAAGAUAAACGGAAAACAACAGGAGAAGAAAAUGACCCUGCUACAUGGAAAAACUCAAGACAGCUUUCUAAAGGAGUUGAAGCAGAAGAAUGGGGUAAAUUUCUCCACACCAAGAAUAAGCUCUAUACAGAUUUUGAUGAAAUUCGACAAGAAAUUGAAAAUGAAACUGAAAGGAUUUCAGGAAAUAAUAAGGGAGUCAGCCCUGAACCUAUUCAUCUUAAGAUAUUUUCCCCCAAUGUUGUCAAUCUGACACUAGUGGAUUUGCCAGGAAUGACCAAGGUGCCUGUGGGCGAUCAGCCUAAGGACAUUGAGCUUCAGAUUAGAGAGCUCAUUCUGCGGUUCAUCAGUAACCCCAACUCCAUCAUCCUCGCUGUCACUGCUGCCAAUACAGACAUGGCGACCUCAGAAGCUCUCAAAAUCUCAAGAGAGGUAGAUCCAGAUGGUCGCAGGACCCUGGCCGUAAUCACUAAACUUGACCUCAUGGAUGCAGGCACUGAUGCCAUGGAUGUGCUGAUGGGAAGGGUUAUUCCAGUGAAGCUUGGAAUAAUUGGAGUAGUUAACAGGAGCCAGCUAGAUAUUAACAAUAAGAAAAGUGUCACCGAUUCAAUCCGUGAUGAAUAUGCUUUCCUUCAAAAGAAAUACCCAUCUCUGGCCAACAGAAAUGGAACAAAGUACCUUGCCAGGACCCUGAACAGGUUACUGAUGCAUCACAUCAGAGAUUGUUUACCAGAGCUGAAGACAAGAAUCAAUGUGCUGGCCGCGCAGUACCAGUCUCUGCUCAAUAGUUAUGGUGAGCCCGUGGAUGACAAAAGUGCUACUUUACUCCAGCUCAUCACCAAGUUCGCCACAGAGUACUGUAACACGAUUGAGGGGACAGCAAAGUACAUCGAGACUUCAGAGCUAUGUGGUGGUGCUAGAAUAUGUUACAUUUUCCAUGAGACUUUUGGGCGAACCUUAGAAUCUGUUGACCCACUAGGUGGCCUUAACACUAUUGACAUCCUGACUGCCAUCAGGAACGCUACUGGCCCUCGUCCUGCUUUGUUUGUGCCUGAGGUUUCAUUUGAGCUGCUUGUCAAGAGGCAGAUCAAGCGCCUGGAAGAGCCCAGCCUCCGCUGUGUGGAGCUAGUGCAUGAGGAGAUGCAGCGGAUUAUCCAGCACUGCAGCAACUACAGCACGCAGGAGUUACUGCGGUUCCCUAAACUUCACGACGCCAUCGUUGAAGUGGUGACUUGUCUCCUGCGUAAGCGGUUGCCUGUUACAAAUGAAAUGGUCCAUAACUUAGUGGCAAUUGAAUUGGCUUAUAUCAACACAAAACAUCCAGACUUUGCAGAUGCUUGUGGGCUCAUGAACAAUAACAUAGAGGAACAAAGGAGAAACAGACUAGCAAGAGAAUUACCUACCUCGAGAGACAAGUCCUCUAAAGUUCCAAGUGCUUUGGCACCUGCCUCCCAGGAGCCCUCCCCUGCUGCUUCUGCUGAGGCUGAUGGCAAGUUAAUUCAGGACAGCAGAAGAGAAACUAAAAAUGUUACAUCUGGAGGUGGUGGAGUAGGAGAUGCUGUUCAAGAACCAACGACAGGAAACUGGAGAGGGAUGCUGAAAACGUCAAAAGCUGAAGAGUUACUAGCUGAGGAAAAAUCAAAGCCAAUUCCAAUCAUGCCAGCCAGUCCACAAAAAGGUCACGCUGUGAAUCUGCUGGAUGUGCCAGUUCCCGUGGCUCGUAAACUCUCUGCUCGUGAACAGCGAGACUGUGAGGUCAUCGAACGACUCAUCAAAUCUUAUUUCCUUAUCGUCAGAAAGAACAUUCAAGACAGUGUGCCAAAAGCGGUGAUGCACUUUCUGGUCAAUCAUGUCAAAGACACACUGCAGAGUGAGCUGGUGGGACAGCUCUACAAGUCUUCCCUGUUAGACGACCUCCUGACUGAGUCAGAGGACAUGGCCCAGCGCAGGAAAGAAGCUGCCGACAUGCUAAAGGCAUUACAAGGAGCCAGUCAAAUUAUUGCUGAGAUCCGAGAGACUCACCUUUGGUGAAGAGAACUGUGUAUGUGAUUGAUACUGAGCUUUGCACCUCAGACCUUGCUAGUUACUCCUACUUGAGUAGAAUUUUAUUUAUGAACUCUUGUGUAUUGCAAUGGUAUCUGCUCAUGUAAAGACUGGCUAUAAACUGAAAAUUUUACUCUGUUGCAGAACCAAUCACAAAUUUAAUCCAAAUAAUAAAUGGCUGUUUUUAAAAUUUCCCAGUAUAUAUCAGACAUAUCAAAUCUGUCUUGUGACAGUUUCAUUUGAACUGAAAAACAGCUGUUACUGUUCUCGUGUACAAGCAGUUUGCCCACGGGUAGAUGCCCGUGUGACUUAUAGUGUGAAGGCCACCGCCAGGUGCUUCCGGAAGGCCACACCUGCGUCUGUAGUGCAUGCACCCCUGCUCUGGCUGCAGCCUCGAGCUAGUUGCCGUGUUGCACCUGUCCUUCACCUCCAUCCAGUGAGCAUCUCCGCGCCCUCUGACAUGCUGGUAAACAAGCUGACAGCCCGAGGAGCUGUAUCCUUGGCAGUGACACGAAGUUUGGGAUGUGCAGCCCUGGGGUCACCUUCCCUGGUGCACUAAAAGCAAGAACAUCUUUCAUAAAGCAUGUUUGACAUUUUCCUGUGUUAAAAGCAACCAUCUAACUUGAUUAGUAAGACUUGGCGAUAAAGACCAGUUCCUUUUAGAUUUUAGAGGUUCUAUUGAGUAAAAUCAUUUUGGUUUCCAAAUAUUAUAAUUCAGGUACAUCUUUAUAUUGGGCACUGGCUUCCUAUUCCACUGAUGUGGGACUUAAGCAUCUUGCCCAUCAUGAAGUGUGGCUCACCCAACACUAACUAGUUGGUGACAGUCACUCUUGCUACGCGCCCACAAGUGGGCCUCAUUCACUACAGGACACCUGAAUAGACGCACUCCUCGUGGCUCAGGCUCACUGGCGUUAAAAGUACAUGUUCACAUGUUUUGUUAGCUCCCUAGAUAAGUCUCAAUAUAAAUCUCAAGAUAGAACUUGAAUUCCUUAAGGCAUCAGCCUCCAUCUCUAACAAAAAAACAUGUCAAAGAAAUGGCACCACAGACAAAUCUUAGCAUUUUUCAGUAAUGAGAUUUUGGAUGGUGCCACGUGUUGGGAAACGCCACCUGCAGCUGACCCCGAGUGUAAAGUCCAGGUCCAGUUGGUGGACGCAGCGCCGUCUGGCCUGCUGUUAAUGCCGUCCUGCUAGCACGCACAGGGUGGUUAGAAAACUAAGACCACUGCCACCAGGUAGCCUCUCCUGCUCCCAGCCUCGGUGCCUGCUUCUUUGAAUUUAAGGAAACAACUUCCAGUGCACUUUCCCCCAACACACCAUACACAGUUCACAUUAAAUUUGUUGGCUCUUAAUGACCUACUACUAGGGGUGAUGCACUUGCUAGCGCUACACACUUGUACAAAGAAAAGCAGGCAAGGGACAUGGGUGAGAAAGCUGCCCCUAGGCCGACAGAUGCUCUGAGAUGUAGAGCUGGUCGCUGACGUGUGGGGAGCUGUGUGUGCUUGCUGUGUAAAUAAAACUGAUGUAAAACUA